AUGGGUUCAAUAGAGGAGAGCCCCGAGUAUGACGCCGUACUCAUCGGUGCCGGCUUCGGAGGCUACACCAUGCUUCCGAAACUGCGUAAAUUAGGGCUUCAAGCCAAGAUAUUUGAGCGUGGGUCGGGCUCUGGAGGUGUUUGGCAUUGGAAUCAGUACCCCGGGGCCCGCGUCGACAGCGACUCGCCGGCUUACCAGUUCUUCGACCGGGAGAUUUGGGAGGAGUUUACCUUCUCUGAGCGGUUCCCCGGGUUCCGCGAACUGCAAAGGUAUUUUCAGCACGUAGAGAAAAGAUGGGACCUCCGAAAAGACAUUGAAUAUCACAAAAACGUCACUUAUGCGCACUGGGAUCCCGACAUUCGACGAUGGAGGGUAGGCUGUUCUGAUGGAACAGAGACGCGAUGCAAGUGGCUGUUUGCGAAUGUGGGUUUUGCGGCUAAGGAGUACAAACCGUAUCUCAAAGGCUCUGCCGACUUUCAGGGUGAGAUGUACCAUACGGCUCAUUGGCCACACCACGAUGUCGCUCUGAAAGAUAAACGUAUCGCCGUCAUCGGAACUGGGGCCAGUGGGAUUCAGGUGAUUCAAGAAGCCGGUAAGGUCUGCAAGCAUCUCACGGUGUACCAACGCACCCCCAAUUUCUGUCUACCGAUGCAGCAACACCGUCUCGAUCCUGUGGAAGAGCAGAGGAAGAAAGAUAGUGGCAUCUAUGAGGCGGCUUUCAAAGCCUGCGAGAAGACCGAUGCUGGUGUGCCAUACCAAACGAACGGCCGUAAGACCUUCGAUGACACAAGUGAAGAGCGCGAAGUGUUCUGGAACCAACUCGUACAGGACGGCGGCUUUAAAUUCUGGGUCGCAGGCUACGCCGACCUAAACUUGGACCAAAAGGCCAACGAUGCUGCCUACGACUUUUGGCGCCGCAUGGUACUUCAACGCAUCAAGGAUCCCCAGAAAGCGCGGCUGUUGGCGCCGGAGGUCCCGCCGCAUCCUUUUGGCGCGAAGCGUCCAUCGCUAGAACAGAACUAUUUUGAGGUUCUCAGCCAGCCAAAUGUUGACAUCAUGGACUUGAACGAGCUCCCUAUAAAGGAAAUCAACGCAAAGGGCAUCCGCACCGCCGCAGGACAAGUCGAUGUGGACUUGAUUGUUCUCGCCACCGGCUUCGAUGGCUUGACAGGUGGCUUCAUGGACAUUGAUCUCCAAGGCAUUGGUAGGAGGACUCUGAAGCAAUACUGGAGUGACGGAGUCAAAACGUCCAUGGGGGUAGCGAUCCCAGGGUUUCCCAACCUGUUUUUCCUGUUUGGACCGCAAGCACCGUCGACAUUCUCAAACGGCCCGUCCUGUAUCCAAUUUCAGGGCCGAUGGUUUGACAAGCUAGUCCAGAAGAUGCUCGCCAGCGGCAUAGAAACAUUGGAAGCCAAGGAGGAAGCAGCCGAUACUUGGGUCGAAAAGAUUCGUGAGCGAUGGGAGGCAACUCUGCUUCCCCAGGGCAAGAUAAGUAUCUCUCGUCAAAGGGUGUGCUGUACUGACCUUUCCCACAGCUGGUGGACUGGUGCCAACAUCCCGGGCAAGAAAGUGCAGCCUCUCAGCUGGGCAGGUGGGCUCCCUUCGUAUAUGCAGAUGCUUGAUGAGACUUUGGAGAAUGAUUAUCAGGGCUGGAUCGUGGGAAGGCAGUCGAAGACACAAUUAAAGAAUGGUUGGCCUUGA